AUGCCGGUGAACCAAGACGUCACGUUUCACGGUCCUAAAACCACAGAACGGUUCAGGGAAACGUGUUGUACCAAUCCGAAAGAAUACAUCGAACCAGUUUGGAGUAACUUCAUCAUCAAGCAACAAAUUAGCAUCUGCAAAGCCGGAGUGGACAUCGCUAUUCUUAGUGGAAACAACAAACAUCUCAUUUUUAGUGUUGUUUCGAACAACACUGGAAACAACUUACUAAUGGUACAUGAGUUUAAUGGAGACAUGAUAGAGAAAUUAAGUGUAACCAUACCAUACCAAGCUCAUAGACAACUUGAAGUAGUUCAACAGAAGGAGUUUCAGUGUGUAUUUGUAACUGGCAGCUAUAACACAGAAUCUGAAACUCCCAGCAUUAUCAUGCGCUUGAAUGGAACUGAUCUUUCUUUUGUGUCAAACAGUUCCGUGCCUUCAGAUGCAAUUGGUGUAAUCGCAAUAGAGAAGGAACUUCUUGUGUUUACGGAACAGACUGUGUACCUUUUAGACGUCGGAGAUGAUUGCACAAUGAACACGUCAAAGCAGGGAAAGAUUAAUGAUAUUCAAGCGUUCUACAACCAAAGGUACAAGUACGGAUCUUCAGAAGUUUUUACAGAUGUUGAUGGAAAAGAAACACGUUUUCUACUUUUAGUAUUUAGUCGGCAAUUGACAUUUUGGAUCUGGAGGGAUGGAUACGUUAAUGCGCAUCCAAACCAAAACGAGAACUUUAUCUCGUGUAACGUCAGGAAUAUCAAGCCACAACUGACCUUAUUCCAAUCAGAGCUGUUCCUCGCAGCCACAAAUGCAACCACAACUUCGCACGCCAAUUCAGCACUUGUGCUUUUGAAAGUAAACGUUCAAACCAGCGGAGAGUUUAGUUUGACAUCACCUGUAGACAUAGAUAUUUUGGUGGAUGAGUGGACCAUGGUGGAUCUGGAGAUAACGAAUGGUCAUCUGUAUUUAUUCCUAUCCACUAGUCGGGAUAAAGUUAGAGUUUACCAAUACCAUAAAGUGAUAAAUACUUUUUAUCUUGUCGAUUUCAUUGGCCGAAGUAAUCUCUCAUUCAUAUACUUCUUUGAAACUAGAGAACAUGUCUAUAUAUUCUCAAAAGAAACAAUUGAAAUAAAUAGAAAAAAAGAGACUCACUGUUUGAUAUGGGAGGGAUAGAAGG